GUGCUCAUGCAUAUGCAUCCUUGCUGAACCUUUGCGGAAGAGUCGAUUGGCAGCAGACGCCGAAGCCUUGGCAGCAGGCUCUACAGCUCCUAGGCGCAGCCAGGCGCGAUAGUGUUGUGGAUGCUUUUUGCGCCAAUGAGCUGAUCAAUGUUUGUGCAAAAGCCUUGCGGUGGCAGCACGCACUCGCCUUGUUGAAUGAGCUGUUUGGGGCGGAGCAGCUGCAACAGAACAUCGUGAGCUUCAAUGCUGUUCUGGACGCAGCCCGGACUGCCCGAGCUUGGCGGUUGGCAUUGAGGCAGCGUGGAUGGAGAGCAUGGUGUUCUUCGUUGAAAUGCGGUGCAAUGCUCCGCAAGGCUUCAGGCGCUGCUGGCUGCGGCAGCACUGGAGGCAGAUAUCGUAAGUCACGUCUCCGCCCUGGGGGCCUUCUACUUGGCUAG